AGUAAAAAAAAAAAAGAAAAAAAGAUUCAGGUUGCCAUGAACAGCUAGCUAGCCACCAACAACUGUCAGUACACUUGGGCAAAACCAUCCAUGUCAAGAUACAAGGACAUUUUUGUAAGUCUCGUGCCGCUCCUGUGUACAUACCGGGGCUCAUACCGGGGCUCACCGGCCUGACAACCGACUGUGAAUCGAUCCUGCUGGCACUGCGCAGUGACUAGAUCAGAAGACCUUUAGAGACCCAGAGACUUCUGAAUCCAGAAGAUGAACGGUCUGUCCAUACGAGAGCUAUGCUGCCUGUUCUGCUGUCCUCCUUGCCCCAGCCGUAUUGCAGCCAAACUGGCAUUCCUCCCUCCAGAGCCCACAUACGCCCUUCUCCCUGACUCGGAUCCAAGUUCUGGAGCUGGAACUGCUUCUGGGUCCACUUCCGGGGCUGCUCAGCCUUCUCUUGGAGCCCCCGGACUGCGUUCCCGGCAGGCCGCUGGUAGUGGAUCCGACAAAGGAGGAGGAACUGGUGCUGGAGGAGAAGGAGGAGGAGGAGGAGGGGGAGGGGGAGGAGGAGCAGGAGGAGGAGGAGGAGGUAGUGGUGCUGGUACUGGUGCUGGUAGUGGCAGCAGCAGCGGCGGUGGCAGCGGUGGCAGCGGCGGCAGCGGUUGGAGUGAGGGCAAGUGGAAGCUUCAUCUUACAGAGAGAGCGGAGUUCCAAUAUUCACAGAGAGAGCUGGAUCUGACUGAUGUAUUCCUGACCAGAUCCAGCCGAGGGAACAAGGUGGGGUGCAUGUACAUUCGCUGUGCCCCCAAUGCCAGGUUUACAGUGUUGUUUUCACACGGCAAUGCAGUAGAUCUGGGCCAGAUGAGCAGCUUCUACAUUGGAUUAGGCACACGCAUCAACUGCAACAUCUUUUCCUAUGAUUACUCAGGCUAUGGGGUUAGCACUGGCAAGCCCUCUGAGAAGAACCUAUAUGCUGACAUUGAUGCUGCCUGGCAUGCCCUGCGCUCCCGGUAUGGCAUCAGUCCUGAGAAUAUCAUCCUGUACGGACAGAGCAUCGGCACGGUGCCCACAGUAGACUUGGCAUCCCGGUUUGAGUGUGCUGCUGUGGUCCUCCACUCUCCUCUCACCUCUGGAAUGAGAGUGGCCUUCCCCGAUACCAAGAAAACAUACUGCUUUGAUGCCUUCCCUAACAUAGAGAAAGUGUCAAAGAUCCCAUCUCCAGUGCUCAUCAUCCACGGGACAGAGGAUGAGGUGAUCGACUUCUCUCACGGCCUGGCUCUGUUCGAGCGCUGUCCCAAGGCAGUGGAGCCCCUCUGGGUGGAGGGAGCCGGUCACAAUGACAUUGAGCUUUACAGUCAGUACCUUGAGAGGCUACGGCGCUUCAUCAACCAGGACCUGGCUGCACAGCAUGCCUGAGAAACAACCGUUUGUAUGAAUGAGGCUGUGUGUGUGUGUGUGCGUGUGUGUGUGUGUGUGUGUGUGCGACUGAGCGGGAAAGUCGGCAUGCCUGCAAAGUGCGCGUGAGAGAUCGACCUAAAACGAUUUGUGAUUUUUGUCACAUCUGUGUGUCUUUGAAGCAGCACACCUUUUACGUUUCUUUUCACGAGAUAUGUUCAAAUAAUUACGGUUUUUAAUAUCAGCAGCUGCAUCCAUCUGUAUGGUGGAGUGUGGUGAAGCGCUAUAAAACAAAAGCUGAGAUCAAACCACUUCACAGAUCCGUUUUUUAAUGUUAGGAAAUUUAUGAAUUGCAGCUUUGAAAUGUGUCACUGACAUAACUUAAGAAGUAACAUUAAUGUGCUUCAUCCAGAAAGGCACACAGAUGUCAUUUUACGUGUGUGUGUGUGUGUGUGUGUGAGAGAGAGAGAAGCAGUGCUGAAAGAAAUGAAGGACAUCCUGAUGACUUGGACAUCUGCAAGUGGAGGACGCUAAUUGAAACCUAUCAAUAUUUAUGUUUUUUUUUUUUUUUUUUGUGAGUGUAUGUAUGAAGAAUACCUCCACAGCUUGACCAGUUCUCUCUCCCAUGGACAAACACUGGUCGAGCAUGUGCCCGCCCACUCCUCCUUCACUCCCUGUUGACCUGUUAAUGGACAUCCAUCUGACUGCCAGGGCAUUUUCCAAGUUGUUGUCCAGCUAACACUAACCUACUUUAUCUGUGUGGUUUGGGGGUCCAUCUCCUUCCCUUUGGUGGAUAUAGGACUAGUCUGGAAUACUGUCAUAGCUUGUAUGGCUUUGGGUGUCUCGUACUCUCCUCUCUCAUUUCUGGCUGAAAAUAUUACAGCUACCUUCCACUUUAUUUCCUGGCUCUGCUGUAGCUUUGGCCUUUGCCUGUCCACAGAAUUGCAGAUUCCCCUCCAUUGCUUUGCUACAACCAGUCCUACAUAUGUGUGAUGAAGAAUGAUGGUGUGCUUGAAGUGAAACAGGGCUUUGAUAGCCACACAGAGUAUAUCUCUUGUUUAUGUGGACAUUUCUUUGGCAUUAAAAGAACAGCGAUAGAAGUGACUGGUUUCAUGUCACAUUAGAUCAGCUGGCUCCAACAGAAGGCUGUUGCUCUUCAGUAUUUACUGAUGUGUGACAUUUAAAGGUUGGGCAGAUUGCACUGACUUGGUAACAGCAGGAUUAAGUCUGAUUCCAAGGUGUGGUUUGACAGUUUGCUGAGAGUUGUAUAAGAAGAUUUUUGCUGAUGAACUUAAAGUCUGUUACAAGUCUUGUUCCAUAGCUCUCAUCACACGGGUUAGUCCGCCUCUUGUUCAUAUGCGCAUUUGUUUCUCUUGAUGUAAUUAAUCCAAACGUGUUUGUCGUAGUGUGGGGCCAUGGGUUGUUCGUUUCAGAGCCAUGCGUGUCGAUGUCAUGUGACUAACACAUCAGAUCGGGUGUCAGGGCGGGACAUCAUGCCUAAUAUAGCUGUUUUUAACCUCUGUGGCCCUAAAUGUACAGGAGCUCUCUUAUGGGUGGCAGCACGCUUCAUGUCUGACACAAGCCAUAUUUGAGCCUCUCACUGUUGAUGUGGUGCAGGUUCCACCACACACACGCACACAAACACACACACACACACACACACACACACACACACACACCUAUACAUACAUACAUACAUACAUACAUACACACACACACACGCACACACACCGUUGCAUAUUAUCUCUCACAAACACACACACACACACACACACACACACACAUAAUAUAUUUACUGUUGAAUACAGUAUAUGGACACAUUUAUAUAUAUCAGAUCAAGCAUGACAAAAGCAGGUCUUAAGUUCAGCACUAUUGUACAAAGCAUCCAAAGUGUAAUAAGGGUAUAAACUGUAAGUUUGUGUGUCUUCAUUAUUAUUGACUGUCUUUUACAGGCCAGCAUUAAGGAUACUAACAUCACAUUUGAGUCAUCUGCCUUUUGUGUAGACCUGAAAAAGUCCAAGAACAGAUUUCAUGGUCGCAGGCUAGCAGCACAUUUCAGAUCUACACAAGACGUCUGCUGCAUAGGAGACCCAUCGGUUUCAGUGGUAGUAGCUGCAUUCAUUUUUAAGGGAACAUGUAUUGAACUAGCACUGAUCUGAUUACUCCAUUGUGGGAGAAUAAGUGGGUCUUGGUGAACACAGCUCGCUCCCUGUCAUCACUUCAAACAGGGAAUGUUUCCAUUCUCAUCCUGUGCUUUGUGUCUGAUAUUUAAAUAAUGGAAAUCUGGUACCAUCUUGGACCAGGGAUCCAAGCUGAUAGAAGAAUUAGAGAGAGUUAUCGACUCUGAAAGUAGAAGUAGUUUUUUUUUUUUUUUCCUGAACUGGUCGCGUUAUCAGGGAAACCACUGGAUCCACCUUUCAUUCAUCGGAUUCAAGAAACAGGCUGGAGACUUGCCGUUUUAUUAUUAAUGCACCACUAUGGUUGACGCAUAUUGUAUCCUCUGGCCCUGAAUGUGUAUUGAUGGGGGUGGGGGGGUUGAACAGUAAAACUGUAUGCAUGUCUAUUGUGUUUUGCAAGGCAAGUGAUGGGGUGGGAUGUUAUCGCUAUUAUGUAUUCUAUGUGAGGAUAAAGCUGAACUCGUGGCAUUGGAACAUUGGGAUGUAUAUUUGAGUUUUUUAAAUACUGAUAUUAACUGAUGUAUUGUUAUGAGUUUUGUGCUAGAGUUUGAGCGGGGCAGUGUUAGGUGGGUGGAGGGCUAGACUAUAUUACUGGGCUGUUUAUAUGGUUACUGUACUUACCUAUUCUCUUCUUUGUAUUAUGAUUUGUAAUUUUAUGUUGCUUUUUUGAACUGAGAAUAUGAUGUAAUGAAUUAAUUCAUGGGACUGAAUCUUGACCUUUUUAUGGACAACAAAAUAAUAAAAAAAGAUCACUUAUGUACAAAAAUGUUA